GUUGGUGGUCUACAGCCACAACAUCCAUCAUGCACGCGCAUCAUGAUUUUACGUGUGGAUUCCUUGAUAAGAGCCGACCACCACCGAACAGUGCCACGCCAUUCAGUGGCCAUCUCACGCGGGUCUUCCUCGUGCUGAUCACGUCCCGGCUGGACAUUUACAAACACGACCCACGUCCAUCGUUCAAAGCCGCGAUCCAUGAUUCAUUCCCUUUCGACCGCAAAACCAAAGUGCUCGAUUGCGCCGACGUGUACUCGGGGCUGCCUCCUUUCACGUUCUCCAUCACGACGAAUGGAAACACGAUGCUCUUGACAGCCACCUCGUACGACGACAUGCUGCUGUGGCUGGAUGCAAUCCGGAAUUGCCUCGAUAAUCAAGUGCACAUAUUACGUGGCACGCUGUGGAAGAAGUCGGCGCGGAGGCCGCAACAGCCGUGGGUGCCUCGCGACGUCGAGCUUGGCCACAUUUCCCUGACGUACGUGACGACGCGGCUGCAUCAGCGCGUGCGCAAUCACGUCAAGCUCACGAGUCGGUCGUUCGUGGUCAACUUGGAAGCUACCCGUGGCCAUGCGCAUGUGUUUGGAAUCUCUACCGGGGACAGCACCAUCACGCUCGCGGCGCCGUCAGCCGACGUCAAGGCCAGAUGGCUCAAAGAGGUCGAGAUCCGCAUCGCCAAGCAGCGCAUCCAACGUCGCGUGUUUCAGAAACCGUUCGACCUCGCGGGGUUUGUUGACGUGCGCAAAGCGACCAAGUCCAAGUGGCGGCGUCGGUUCGUCGAGCUCGAGCGCGGCGCGCUGGCCUUCAAAUCUGACCAGCGCCGAGUCGGCAUGUCCACCCAUGUGCCCCUCGAACUCAUCACGGCUGUGGUGCCGACGCCCCCCGCAGACGAAAGCGGCCGGUCGCUGGCGUUUGCGAUCGAGCGUUUCGGGGCUGUGACGCUGUACAUGGCCGCGUUCAGUGCCGCCGAGAAGCUGUCGUGGCUUACCAAGCUGGACCUGGCGCGGCGCGACGUGCUGCAGCGUCAGUACCUCCCUAACACUCCCACCACGGUCCUGUUUCCGCAAGCCAUGCAAGCUAUAUUGGCGCACACUGGCUACCGGUCCGUGGUCGUGGCCGAGCACGAAGAGCUGGACAUGACGAUCGAGCAGCAUCGCCGGCGGAUUUUUGUGGUCGUGCCCACGGAGUGCGAGGACGCCGCCACGUAUAUCCCCAAAGCCAGUGUCCUUGUGAAAGCUAACGACGCCACGGGCAAACAUGUCGACUACGACGCGAUGUGGCACCUCCUGCGCGUGCACGCUCGCCCGAUCAAGCUGACGUUUCGGCUCCCCAUCUCCAAGGACGGGUUGCUUCGUGUGAAAACUGACGUUCCCGUGCCGCAAUGGGUCCCGAGGCAUUGUGUGAUUGAGCACGGCACGUUGCGCUGGUUUUCGCUGCAGAAAUCAACCGACGACGACAACGACAACAAGACGACGACGCUAGCCCCGCUCCACGUCCUCCGCCUUCGCGACUGCUCUGUGACGCUGUUGCGAGACCUGGACCCCGACUUUGGACAUAUGCCUAACUGCUUUGUCCUGACGUACUCUCCGCCCCCCGUUUCCCCCUCUAGCCCCAUGAAACCCCACGCCACCACCACCGACGAGAAGGACAAAUGCCAUCGAACGCUGUUUUCCGCAUCGUCUGCCAAGGAAUGCGUGCUGUGGAUGUCGAUCCUCCAAGUGGAAAUCUGCACGUUUAACGGCGACACGGCGUACGGACCCAUCGCGCCGCCACUGGCGGAACGCCGUCGCAACACGUUUGUAAGUCAUGUCAAGGUCGUCGCAGACAAAGUGUACGCCAAAACCAAAGACACGUCCACACACCCCGAGGAGGGGGAGGAGGAGGGGGGGGAUGAGGUGGUGGAUGGGGAGGGGGCUCGUCCUCCGUCCCCCGCGGCCGACCUGCCGCUCGACGGCGGGGACGACGAUGACGACGACGAGUUUCUCAGUGUCACAGAGCGGUUGCAUCGGCAUUUCGUCGAGCGCCCAGGGCGAUACCUCCAGGCAACAAAAGAGGACGUCGUGCAGAGGACCGCGACGUACGUCCGGCAGCGGCGACAGUCGUUGGAGGCCACACCAAUCUACAGGAGGUUGAGCGAGGCCAAGGUAAAGAUCGAGCAGGAGCUGGCGCCGGCGCGAGAGGAGGCGGAAAAAGCAGCGAGGAAGGUCGCGGACGCCGUGCACGAGACGAUGCACGAUGUCCGGCAGCGCAUUUUGAUCCCGGACCCAGAGACCAGCGACUACUUCAACGGGUGCAAGCGGUACUUGGACGCGACGGUGCUCGGCACAUCGGCGCGGACGAUCGAAUAUGUUGCUCGGAAGAAGGCCGUGCGGUUCAUCGAGACCGAAUCCAUUGUCCAGGGGUUGAGACGGCCAGGUAUUCUCAACGAUAUGCCGACUGGAUCAGCUCUAGCAUCGGCGGGAAAGAUGCUCGAGGAAGGGGAACAUGUGACGCUGACAGAAGACGCGGCCCGCGCUUUCUUUGUCGAAGUGUCUGGCGGCAAACCCAAGACUAGCCACGAAGCCGUGACUAGACUGCUGCGGCACUUGUGCACGAGUGAAUUGGGCCACGCAGACAUGCAUCUUUGUGCGUUUGAAGGAGCCAUGACGGACCUGCAAGAGUCGCAUGUGCUCACGUAUGCCAUCUCGAUCGAUGUGUUUGUGUCUGUUGCUGUCCACACGAUUCGAGACAGAGCUACGAUCAAAGGCAUGCACAGGUUUGCAAACGGUGUCGUGAUGCAGAUUUAACCAAGAGAAAUGAAUGAAUAAAGAUUCACUAUGUUG